AUGGAUUAUAUAUUGCUUCCUGAAGGAGUUUGGAAUCAAUUAUAUUCAUGGUAUGGAGGUGGUCCCGUAUUGGCUCGAAAAGUAAUUGAUUCCGGUCUUUCUCAAACGGAAUUGUCCAUAGAAGUUUAUCCUUUACGGCUUCAAUUGCAUCUGAUGCCUAAGGGUGAUCGAUCUACUAUAAGAAUAAGCAAAAAGGAAACCAUUGGCGAACUUCACAGAAGAGCUUGUGAGAUAUUUGAUCUUAUACCUAAGCAAGUAUAUAUUUGGGACUACUAUAGUCAUCAGAAGCAUGCUUUGAUGAAUGACAUGGAAAAGAUACUUGAUGAUGCAAAUAUACAAAUGGAUCAGGAUAUUUUAGUAGAGGUUAUCAACAGUAACUCUGGUGGUUGUGUGGGUUCUGUUCAGGAGAAUGGAUCUGCAGACAAUGGAAUCUUAGUUGUUGCUGCUUCACAGUCUAGUUCGUUGACUGCAGGAGGUCUUUAUGCGAACAAAUAUUCAUCACGAAAUGACGAUUACCAUCAAGAAAUUAACCGUCAAAACCCUCUGGGCAUGGUUGGCGAGCUUGCUUUAGCAUUUGGUGAGUUGCUUAGAAAAUUGUGGGCACCAGGGCGAACUCCAGUUGCCCCCAGGUCAUUUAAAGCAAAGCUUGCUCGCUUUGCACCACAAUUUAGUGGAUGCAGUCAACAUGAUUCUCAGGAGCUCCUUGCAUUUUUGUUAGAUGGACUUCACGAAGAUUUAAAUCGUGUUAAACACAAACCAUAUAUUAAAUCUAGAGAUGCAGAUGGUCGACCUGAUGAAGAAGUUGCGGAUGAGUAUUGGGCAAAUCACAUUGCUCGUAAUGAUUCCAUAAUUGUGGAUGUGUGCCAAGGGCAAUACAAGUCAACUCUGGUCUGUCCUGUAUGUAAUAAAGUCUCAGUUACAUUUGAUCCAUUCAUUGCCCUCCCAACUGCUUGCACUGUAUCUGUUCCAAAGCAGGGUCGUUGCUGGAAUUUGAUCCAAGCACUGAGCAAUGAUUGUUCCUUGCAACUCAAUGAGAAGCUUCUGCUUGCUGAGAUAAGAGGCCACUUGAUUUACCGGUUUUUGGAGGAUCCAUUGAUAUCACUGUCGUCCAUAAAAGAUGAUGACCACCUCGCUGCCUACAAGAUACCAAAAGACCUGAAGAAAACAAAGUUUCUUCAAUUGAUACACUGCCGUGGAGAGCAGGGCGCUGGUAAUUCUCAAAGCACUAUGGGGUGA